AUGACCCGCGUACUUUUGACUGGAGGCUCCGGCUUCAUCGCCGCCCAUGUUCUGGACAUCCUGCUUGAGCAUGGCCACUCGGUUGUGACGACUGUCCGCUCGCAGGAGAAGGCCAACAAGAUCAAGGAGGCCCACCCUGAUGCUUCUGAGAAGCAGCUUUCGUUCGCCAUUGUCGAGGAUAUUGCACAAGACGGCGCUUUCGACAAGGCCGUCAUCUCGGACCCUCCCUUCGAGGCCGUCAUCCACACCGCUUCUCCCUUCCACUUCAAUGUUACAGACAUUCAAAAGGAACUUCUCGACCCUGCUGUUAUCGGAACCACCGGUAUCCUGAAGUCGAUCAAAAAGAGUGCACCAUCGGUCAAGCAUGUUGUCAUCACUUCCAGCUUUGCCUCCAUCGUCAACCCCAGCAAGGGCAACUGGCCUGGCCAUAAGUACACCGAGGCCGACUGGAACCCCAUUACCCACGAAGAAGCUCUUCAGAGCCCUCCUGCAGGAUACCGUGCUAGCAAGACAUUUGCCGAAAAGGCGUCCUGGGACUUUGUUGAGAAGGAGAAGCCCAACUUCACCCUCUCAACCAUCAACCCUCCUCUUGUCCUUGGUCCCAUCGUCCACUACCUGAACUCGCUCGAGUCGUUGAACACCAGCAACCAGCGCAUCAGAGACAUCUACCAGGGCAAGGCCAAGGAUGAGAUCCCUGAGACUGGCACUUUCUUGUGGGUUGACGUCCGCGAUCUUGCACUCUCUCACGUCAAGGCGAUUGAGGUCGACGCAGCCAAGAACAAACGCUUCUUCGUAACUGCUGGCUAUUUCUCCAACAAGGAGAUUGCCCAAAUCAUCAAGAAAGAGUACCCUCAGACCAAGGACUUGCCUUCCGACAGCACUCCUGGUGGUGACUACCCCAAGGAUGGCGUCUACAGCUACGACAACAGCAGAACCAAGGAGGUCCUCGGCAUUCAGUUCAAGUCACUUCACGACUCCAUCAAGGACACAGUCAAGUCUUUCCAGUCGGUUGGUGCAUAA